CACUCUCUCUCUCUCUAAAUGAUCAAUCCCUUUCCUCUCCCUGGUUAUGUCAAUUCUAGCUGCCCAAUUAUAAAUCCUCUCUUUCCUUCUCUCUCUUUCUUUGAGAGAGAAAAUGAAGACAAGGGUCCCAAGCCCCUUAACAAAAUCAAGUUGGUGAGAGGAGCCAAUCCAUUAGAAAACCCAUGAGAAAAAACAGAGACACAACUCAAAAAACCAAGAAGAAUCCAAUUGAAAAACUCUUUUAAGGGAAAACCCUAAUCCGUAAAGUAUUUUAAGAGAAAACCCGCUUUUAUCCGAGGCAAAAUGAGUAGGCAACAAGGGAGAAUUAAGGCUUUUUUCAGCAACAGAUGGCUGGUGUUCGUAGCUGCAAUGUGGGUUCAAUCUGUUGCAGGGAUUGGUUAUUUAUUUGGGGGCAUUUCCCCUGUUAUAAAGAGCUCUCUCAAUUAUAACCAGAGACAACUUGCUAUGCUCAGUGUGGCGAAAAACUUUGGUGAUAGUGUUGGGUUUGUUACAGGGAGUCUCUCUGCAAUUUUGCCAACAUGGGGUGCUCUUUUGGUUGGAGCUGUUCAGAAUUUUAUUGGGUAUGGUUGGGUCUGGCUCAUAGUCACAGGCAGAUUACCCCAUCUUCCCUUGUUUGCUAUGUGUGUACUUAUAUUUAUUGGAACUAAUGGAGAGACUUACUACAACACGGCCUCCUUAGUCUCAUGUGUUCAAAAUUUUCCCAAGCACAGGGGUCCAAUUGUGGGAAUACUGAAGGGAUUUGCAGGCCUUAGCGGUGCAAUUUUGACCCAAAUAUACGCCAUGAUCAACAUACCCGAUCAAGCUGCACUCAUCUUCAUGAUAGCCGUAGGACCAGCUAUGGUGGUCAUUGCUCUUAUGUUCUUUGUUAGACCCGUUGGAGGUCACCGACAAAUUCGGGCUUCCGAUGCUUCAAGCUUCACAUUUGUGUUUAGCGUGUGCCUUCUUUUGGCUGCUUAUUUGAUGGGUGUUUUAUUACUUGAAGAUCUAACAAAUAUUAGUCAUGAUGUGACUAUAGUAUUCACGGUUAUCUUAUUCAUCCUUGUUUUACUCCCCAUUGUCAUACCUCUGAAAUUGCACUUUUCUGAGGACUCCAAAUCUCUAGUAGAUGACAGACGAUUGAAAGAACCUUUAAACGAAGAAGCAGAUGAGAAACCCAUCCACACACCUGAAUUAAUAUUAAGUGAAGUAGAGGAUGAGAAGCCAAGGGAGGUAGAUUUGCUCCCCGCUUCUGAGAGGAGAAAGAGAAUUGCAGAACUGCAGGCUCGUUUGCUGAAUGCAGCAGCUAAGGGAGCUGUAAGAGUAAAGAGGAGUGGGCCACAUAGAGGGGAAGACUUCACAUUGAUGCAAGCAUUGAUCAAGGCUGAUUUUUGGCUAAUCUUUUUCUCGCUCCUAUUGGGUUCGGGGUCGGGCGUCUCAGUGAUUGAUAACUUGGGUCAGAUGAGCCAAUCCUUGGGGUAUGACAACACUCAUAUUUUUGUUUCCAUGAUCAGCAUUUGGAACUUUCUCGGCCGAGUUGGUGGGGGUUACUUUUCCGAGAUGGUUGUCAGCAAUUACGCAUAUCCUAGGCCGGUAGCUAUAGCUAUCGCGCAAUUGGUCAUGGCCUUCGGUCACUUCCUCUUAGCCAUGGCAUGGCCUGGGAUCAUGUAUGUUGGCACCGUAUUAAUAGGGCUUGGAUAUGGGGCUCACUGGGCUAUCGUCCCGGCCACUGCCUCUGAACUAUUUGGAUUGAAGAACUUUGGUGCCUUGUACAAUUUCAUCACCAUGGCAAACCCAGCUGGUUCCCUUCUAUUUUCGGGCUUGAUAGCUAGUACUCUUUAUGACCAUGAAGCAGAGAAGCAAGCUCAGGUGUACCACCCCAAAACCAGUUCGGUAAGGGUGAUAUGGCAUAUGUUUUCUAGCUCUCUAAGUACGGAGAAGAGCCUAGUAUGUGAUGGUGCAGUGUGCUUUUUCCUUACCCUUAUGAUCAUGUCGGGGUUGUGUAUCGUUGCAGCAAUUUUGAGCAUGAUUGUGGUGUAUAGGACCAAGGUUGUGUAUGCUCAUCUCUAUGGGAAAUCCCGCUCAUGAAUGUACUCGAGGAGAAGCUUAAGGAUGGCUUUUGCAUGUUGGUAUUUUAGGAUUAUGCAGAAGAGAUGACGGUAGCGGAAUAAUUGAAUCAGAUCAUAUGCUCAGCUCUUGUAGUAAACUUGUCUCAUUGUUGGGUUCUAGAUUAUGGGCUGUUUGUUCCACGUUUCGGAGGAGUUGUGUCAUGUGUAUGUAUGCCUGUAUGUGAUUAUUUUUUCAUUAUUGUUGUUAUUAGUAUUUGAAAGGAAUUGGAGUAUUGUUUUAUUUGUCACCCAAUUUGUUGUUGGGGAAGUGAUUAGAUUUUAAAUAAAUUUUAAAACCAUCACAAA